GUUUGGCUCCGCCCUCAACGCGAGCAACAUACGUGCGCGCGCUCGAGCCUGCGUCCGCGCGUCCGCGUGCUGACGUCGGUGCUGGCUCAUUCGCGCGCCGCCUCGCUCCUGAUGCGCUUCUCUUCCUCACAAGAUCGAUGUUUCGAUUUCAGUCCCUGGAUGACGACUGUACGCUGGAGGAGGAAGACGAUGGACUGGUAGAGGAGGAAGAUGAAAUCGAUCAGUUCAACGAUGACACCUUUGGAGCCGGAGCCAUCGAUGACGACUGGCAGGAGGAGCACAAGCGUCUGGCUGAGCUCGACGAGCGUGACGGAGGGGCGGAGCCUGAGGAGGCGGAGCCUGGAGGAGCAGAGCCCCCGUCCUCCUCUGCAGGUCCUCCCUCCCUCCCGUCCUCCCUGGGCUUUCCCUCGUCUUCCUCUGACCUUCCUCCUCGAGAUGCAGACGAGCGAGCGGGAGGCGGCGAGCUGGCAGAGUCUGUGGCCCGCCUCAUCUUGGAGGCGGAUCCCGCCAUCGCCGGGGUCGGAGCGGCAGAGAAGCCCCGCCCCCCUCCCAGCCUGCACGGGCUGCAGCAGCCACGCCCCCCCCAGCAGCAGCUGCCCCCCGGAGCGCCAGCGCCGCUCGCCUCGUCUGUGCUCAGCUACCAGCAGCAGCAGCACCUGCUGCACCGAGGCUCCGCCCCCACGGCACAGGUGAACUCUCACAGCAUCUGGGACAGCAGCCUCGGCUUCGGGCCGGUCAGCGUCCCCCCCGCGCUGGUCACGCACAUGGAGGACAGUCCGCUCAUGUCCAUCAUCAAGGAGGUGGGGCUUCCCAAACGACCUCUGCAGGGCCGGACCGAGGAGGGGUGGGACCUCUCUGAGCGGGUCCCGCCCCCACGCUCCUCCUCCCCUGUGAUAGGCUCACCUCCUGUGAGGGCGGUGCCAAUAGGGACUCCGCCCAAGCAGCCUAUGAGCCACGCCCUGAAUCACCAGAUCCACCACCCCACGGCGGUUCACGUGCGCGCCCCGGUCCAGCACAGAUACCCCCCUCCCUUUCCCGAGCGCCUGUCACCCAACACCCUCCUCAACAUAGCUAACUCCCCGCUGUGCCGCGGCCCGUUUCCCCCCCGGGUCCUGUCCCAGAUCCAGAGAGCCCAGCUGCUGAACUCCCAGGUUGCAGGUUUCCCCCGUGGCGGCCCCGCCCCUCCACUGUUGCCGGGCGGAGGUUUCCGGCCGUUCUUUGGGGGGCCCCCUCCCCCACACGGUCACCGGAUGGGCCCGCCCCCUCCCAUCCCACCUGUGCGACACAACACCACCCACCUGCACCCGCAGCACCGCCGCCUGCUAACCCAGAGGCUGCAGAGCCGUGGGGGGGACCGAGUCAGGUCUGCGGGGGAUCGGCGCCCCCGAGACCCCUACAGCAACCUGAUGAGCCAGAAGGAGAAGGAGUGGGUCACCAAGAUCCAGAUGAUGCAGCUGCAGAGCACCGACCCCUACCUGGACGACUACUACUACCAGAACUAUUACGAGAAGAUGGAGAAGCGUCAGGAGAAGGAGCGGGACAGCAGCAGGAAGGAGCACGCCACCAAGCUCAUCACGCCGCAGGUCGCCAAGGUGGAGCACACCUACAGGCCAGACGCCGUGGUGACGAGCCGCUCGGACGACGAGGAGAAGAGGGAGAAGCAGGUGUGGAACAAGCGGCGGCAGAUCCUGUACACGGUGGAGAAGAUGUUCAGCCUGCUGCUGGAGGUCCAGGACUUCGAGAAGCGCUUCGUGCACACCCCCGAGGAGGAGCGGCCGGCGCUGCUGGAGCAGCACAAGACCAACACGGAGCAGCUGAGCGCCGCGCUGCGUGACAAGGACUGGGAGCACAGAGUGAGCGAUGACCUGUGCGUGAUGAUCAUGUCUGUGAGGAAAGGGAAACGCCUCAUGGCCAGACUCCUCCCCUUCCUGCCUGCUGCACAGGCCGCCGCCGUCGUCAUGGCGAUCGCCCGUAACCUCCCCACCUUGGCCAAGAAGGACAAGCAAGAUCAGGUGCUGUGCUGCCUGUUGGAUCCGGUUUCCGCCGUGGUUCAGUCGCUGUCAAGCUCCGCCCUCACCGACCUGCUGCAGGAGCUCCAGGGCAGCGAGGGUCAGCUGACCACGGUGCUGCAGAACAAGUUCGGCGUGACGCUGCUGUACCUGAUCCUGAGCGAGGGCGAGCGGAUGCAGAGCUCCGACCCCGUCUGUCAGCUGAUGGACGACAAUCGAUGGACUGAGUUGGUGUUCUCGGUGAUGAGGGAGCUGCUCGGCGUCUCCUCGUCAUCGCUCUCCCCCCCACUCUUCACCCCCCCCAACCUGCUGUCCGUCUUCUCUCGAUACGUGGACCGGCAGAGGCUGGAGCUGCUGCAGGACAAGCUGCAAAUCUCUGUGUCAUCGAGGUAGAAGUUACUACAACACCCCCCUCCCCCCACCACCACCCCUCAUGCAGAACAUGUGUGUGUUUGUGUGCGUCAGCGGAGCGAGUGUGUGUUUGUGUCUUCAAGCUUAAUCCAGACUUGUUUUACUGCAGCAGAAUCUUUGACGUGUGAAUCUGAAUGAGGAUCCAAAUGAAAUCUGCAUUUUUAAAUAUCUUGUUUACGAUUAUUCCUGUGAUAAAAUUAAAAAGUAUUUCUAUUAUAUAGA